UACUACAGAGAAAACAAUGAGCUCAACACAGAAGGACCAACAUGGAGCGAGAAGUCAGCGCUCUCAGGAGGCCAACAAACCUCACAGAAGAAAGAGAGAGAAAACACACACCUGUGACGAGUGUGGAAAGGAUUUUGCUGUGAAGGGUUUACUAACACAGCAUCAGGUCAUCCACACUGGAGAGAGGCCGUUCAGCUGUGACUUGUGUGGAAAGUCUUUUUCCAGGAAGGGUUCCCUAAAACAACACCAACUCGUCCACAGUGGAGUUAAAGCGUACAGCUGUGAUCAGUGUGGGAAGGGUUUUACUGUGAAGGCUUCACUAAAACAGCAUCAGGUCAUCCACACUGGAGAGAGGCCGUUCAGAUGUGACUUGUGUGGAAAGUCUUUUUCCUGGUCGCGUUCCCUAAAAGAACACCAACUCAUCCACAGUGGAGUUAAAGCGUACAGCUGUGAUCAGUGUGGGAAGGGUUUUACUUUGAAGGCUAACCUAAAAAAGCAUCAGGUUAUCCACACUGGAGAGAGGCCGUUCAGCUGUGACUUGUGUGGAAAGUCUUUUUCCUGGUCGCGUUCCCUAAAAGAACACCAACUCAUCCACAGUGGAGUUAAAGCGUACAGCUGUGAUCAGUGUGGGAAGGGUUUUACUCAAAGUAGCCACUUACAGAGUCAUCUAGUUACCCACUCUGGAAUUAAGGCAUACAGCUGUGACAUCUGUGGAAAAACUUUCAGCCAGAGAGGAAGCCGAAAUAUACACCUACGCAUUCACACCAGACAUGAUGUGUACAGCUGUGAACAGUGUGGCAAAUACUUUGCUAAAGACAAACAUUUGCAACAACACAUGUUUAGCCACACUGAGGGACAACCUUAUAAAUGUGACCUGUGUGAGAAGACUUUUAAAUCUCCACAUUACUUGAAACUACACCAACAGAUCCACACCAGAAAGAGACUCUACAAGUGCAGUUACUGUGAGAAGCAGAGCAACACAGAUGGAUCCAGUUCUCAACCCUGUCAUCACUGUGGUGGUGGGAAAGAGUUUCGUUGUGACCUCUGUGGAAAAACUCUCAGUUGCCAAGCCACCCUAAAAACACAUCAACGUAGACACACUGGAGACAAACUGAAAUACUGCAAAGAAUGUGGGAGAAGCUUCACCAGAUCAUAUCACUUAAAGAAACAUGAACUGAUUCACAGUGGGGUUAAAAAGCACCUCUGUGAUCAGUGUGGGUCAUCCUUCACCACUGCAGGUGAGCUUAAAACACACAAACGAGUCCACACAGGAGAGAAACCAUACAAGUGCAGACACUGUGACAAAAGCUUCUCACAUUCAGCUAGUCGUAACAAUCAUGAACGUACACACAUGGAAGGAAACUACAGCUGUGACCAGUGUGACAAGAGCUUCAGGAAUCUCAGUUCAUACUCUGAACACAAACAAUCCCACGUUACUAAUAAACUGUUUCACUGUUACCAAUCGCUGUGA